CGUUUUGCUCGCUUUGGUGGGUAUUUCUUCUUCUGUGCGAGCAUACGUCGAUGGAGCACGAGUUGAAAGCUUAAUUUGGAAGCGAAUGCAUCCCGGCAAGGUUUCGGAAGUCCCUUAGCGGUUGUUAAACAGUUACUUAUAACGGACCCCUGGAGGCAGAAAGAGUAUCCCAUUAUCCUGCGCAGCUAAAAUUAGUGACUGGACAAGCCGGCUAAACAGGGUCCUGCAAAACCAGUGCCAAACCAUCAGGGAACUCGUUGCAGAUGAUCUAUAUCCGCUUCUAUUCCACCUUCGACUGCGGAAAGCCGGCCUGCGCUGGACUUCGCGAUUGCCAAGCAAGUUUGGUUCCCAGAGUGGAGGAGAUCUGAGAACUAGGCAUCGUUUGGUAAGGAACGGGAGGUUAAGGCCAUCUUUUGCAAAAGAAUGAAUCAUAGCUCUUGUGCGAUGAAACAAAAUUCUGGCCUCAUCUUGGUCAUAUCCAUGAAACUGAGAGUAUUGCUCAGCAAAUCUGGAUGCAAAGAGCUGUACAUCUAAAGGCUUGUAUAGAAAUGUUGCUCAAAGGAAGUUUACGAGUGCCUGGCACGCUUGACGGUGGCCUAAGCUGGUUUGCUGUUCUUGGAUCGUUUAUGACACAGUUUGUUGUUAUGGGAAUCCACAAUGUAUUUGGCCUGUUGUACCUUGAUCUGUUGACUGAGUUUGGAGAAAGUAAGGCGACUACAGCGUGGAUAGCCUCGAUCUCAUUUGGCCUCACUUUCGUCUUGUCACCUCUGAGCUGCUUUUUGUGUAAACGGUUUGGUUGCAAAGCGGUCACCGUACUUGGUGGAAUAUUGGUCGGGAUUGGUCUUCUACUAUCUUCCUUCGUCGACAACAUCUUCCGAAUGUACGUCACGUACUCGUUCCUGUUCGGCAUGGGUUCUAGCAUGUGUUACGUGUCCUCAGUUCUCGUUCUCAGUGGCUACUUCUCCAAGAAUCUGGUCGUUGCUAAUGGCAUUGGCCUGGCUGGAGCUGGUGUUGGAACAAUUACACUUGCGCCCGCACUCAGCCUGCUGCUGGAUAAUUUUUAUUGGCGCGAUGCACUUCGCAUUCUCAGUGCAACCUCCUUGCUCAUCCUGAUCAGCGGUUUAAUUUUCUAUCUUGUGCCCGCGCCGUUGGAAUUUAGCGAUGCCGAGAAGUAUGAUACGGAAGAGGAAACGAAACGAAUCGACUUAUCCUUCUUCAAGAACAAAGCUUACAUCGUGUGGACAGUCGUUGUUGGAUUGGUGUUGUUCGGGUUCUAUAUACCAUACGUACACUUGGUCCGGCAUGGGCAAGACCUUGGAAUUCGAAAACAAGACAGUGCUGUCUUGGUUGGCUACAUGGCGAUGUCCCAAACACUCGGAAAGAUCGUGUUCGGUCGAAUUGCAGACCAUCCUCGUGUGAAUCGUGUGUACCUCUACCAGCUGUGUCUACUUGUGUGCAGUGUUCUCACCACUCUCCUCCCUGUUUUCACCACCUACAGAUCUUUAUUAGCAUACUGUCUCGUGUUUGGCUUUCACGAUGGUUGUUUUGUCGUCCUUAUUGCCGUCCUCACGGGGGACAUAGUUGGGCGAAAGAUGAUGGGGACAGCUUACGGUGUCAUGUUUUUCUUCACCGGCAUUCCAAUGAUGCUUGGGCCUCCAGUAGCGAGUUGGAUGUAUGCAAUUUCCAAAAGUUACGAGCCUGCAUUUUACAUGGCCGGCGCUUUCACGACACUUGGAGUAUGCCUGUUAUUUCUGGUUCCUUUCCUACUUCCACCGGAAGUGGAAGAAGAGUUGCGCUCGCGUGCGUAUGGUUUUCGGCAACGUAUCCAAUCAUCUACUUCAAGUGAGGCGACAAGAUCAUGGACUCUAGACUCUGGGUCGUUUUAUUCUGAAUCCGAAAGGGGACUGGAAGAUUACGAAAAGAAAGACUUGACAGUACCAUUGGUAGAAAAUGUCUUGGAAAGUGAUAUUUGCAAGAGACAAUCCACUGACUCAGGACUUGGUUUUAUCCUUGAAAAGUACUUCUCAAUGCCAAAGUUAGAAAAUCAAAAGGAAUGCAUUCUGGGAAAUUAUAGUGACUGUGCUAAUGAUGUGUGGAUCCACUUACUGGACCCAAACAGAGAGACCAUAGUUUAACAUUUUUAAAUUAAAUAAUCUAUUUAUCUUAAUUUCAAAGGAAAAAUGUCUUUUUGAGCAAGGAUGUACGGACAAGAAUUUGUUCAAGGGUGGAGCGAAACAUUUAAGAAAUCAGCGAUCACAAAGGCGCCCAAAACACAGAGGCCACGAGACGGCAAUCUAAUUGGGAUAGCCUCGUGCUUACCAUUGUAAGAAACACUUCGCUUUCAAUGAAACGUUUUAGUUUCAAACUCAAACUGUUUAGUCGCAUUUUUCAAAUUUUUCUCGUGAUUUGUUCACUUUUUUGUUUGGUUAUGAAAAUUCGAUUAGACACAUCGCUCUUUUUUGCAGAGCGAGAGAGGAAACGUUGAACGCCGUCGAUGAACUUUGAUACCAAAAUUAUUUAUUGUUCACAAUAAGUUUGUCGACGACAAAGCCUUAAAAAGAGACAGAGUUUGUCUCUGAAAGAGGAAAUUCACGGUUUACCAGGUUACGCUUGUCACGUCUUAAACAGUGAAUGUCUUACGUUAGAGAGGCUGGCGAAAAGGGAAAAGGAUUUUUCGCGCAGGUAGGAGAGUAAGAAACAUCAAAAUAAUCCAACAUAGAAAAGUUAGAUAAACAGAUUUGGUUCACUUUUCCAACAAAGGCGAAUAAAAUUUACCUGUCGAAAGA